AUGACGACCACAUUGCCCCGGAGCAUCAUCGCCUCAAAGCGAUCCGGGUUUUCCCUGAUCGACCCUCAAACCGAACUCUUUCAUCACAAGGUUGGAAGAGCACAGCAUGUGGCAAUUUCAUACGUCUGGAGCGAUUGGACCGAUGACCCGGACGCCGGUCACCAUCUUCGCCAUUGGCCUGAGUUGCGCCAAAGACUUCUGACGGUCGUUGGCCCAGGCGCAAGCACGUUCAUGAAGAUCUGCAGUGGCCAUGCUACACGUUGCUGGCUUGAUUGCAAGUGCAUCGACCAGGACUCAGCGGCUGACAAGAGCUACUGGGUGCCACGAAUGAACGAGAUAUACUCCGAAGCAAGGUGUACGGUCCUCCUACUCAGAGGCGUCGACAUUGCUCCUCUGCAGAAGGCCGAGUCGCUCCUUGGCUGCGACAUUGACGACGACAACCACUCCUGCAUCCUAACCCAAAGCUGUGCCUCAGUCACGAUGACCGAAGAGCUGGAGGAGAGCUGUUUGUCAAGUCUUCGGUCAAUCUUCGCCGGUGCGUGGCGAAAACGAGCGUGGAUUUUCCAGGAAAUCCUCCUCAGCAAGGAGUACAUUCUCAACGAUGGUGGUGGCGGCGAGAUCAAGCUGUCAGAUCUGGGCACCAUCGCCUCCCUCCUCUUCCGCGCGCACUCGGACAAAGAGUGGUUGGGGGAGCUGGCGAGCUGGUGUCGACGGAUCUUUCGCCUGAGGGCGUAUUAUUUCAACUACACUCUCUGUCCAUCCAACGUCCUCCAACUGGCCACCUCUCUUGAUGCCACGUUGCCUUGCGACAAAUACUACGCGCUGUGUGGAGUGCUUCGGCUGAAAUCCGUACAGUACCAAAUUACUCACACAGAACACGAAGCGCUGCAAAACAUCCUGGUGGCCCUGACGGUCGAAGGCAGGUUCUCUUGGCUGUGCGCGAUCCCCCCAAGCCUUCCGGGGCACGCAAACCGUCUUGUGUUAGACGGCCCACUGCUGCCGUACAUCGAGAACCAGCUCGAUUUGCACGCCACCUUUUACGGCCAGCCAGAAGUCUCAAAGUCGACGGUCAGCUUCAGCUGCUACCAUGUCGGUCACGUGAAGGAAACCGCUCCUCUUGCAGAGCGCAUCGAGGAGGCCGCGAAGUUUGCGACGGACAUGUCUAGCCCGUCUGCAACCGACAUCCCGCGUCAUAUCGCAAUCGUUCCGGCCUUACUGCUCCGGAUCUGCCGCGACGCGAUCCUGCCGUUGGUGACGGAGCCGAUCCUGUCGCGCCUCUGCAAGGUUUUCCACAUACCGGUGAAAGACGCCGGCUCGACGGUCCUCAUGAAGCUGCUCACGUUGAGGGAUCCAAGCUCAUUGUACACGGCGCAACAACAGCAGGAGCAGCUUCCAAGGGGCGGCAACCCUCUCUCAGGGUUAGACAUCGAUAUGGCGAUUGCAGCGGCACGAGCGAUCCAGCACCACCUCGACGACGUCAAGAAAGAUCUCGACUUCGUCACCUGGACCGCGUUCCCGCCAGACAAGGACAAGACCGGGAACGGGACAACAGAGUACUACGCCAUUGGGACGAAAGGCGGCACCACAACCGGGACGGACACUCACGUCUUCAGCAUCCGCCGACGAGCGAGCCACGAAUUCCGCCUUGCUACGCUGUGUCUGGCAGACGGUCUUGCACCAACCUGCACCGCGAUCCUCCUCAGGCCGUUCGGCGCGAGGCGCCAGCGCCGGAGGAAGUACCGCUUGACAUUGCAGUUGGAGCAAGCACAAUGCACCGGCACCGGCGCCAGCGGCGGCGGCGGUGGUGGUGGUGCCGAGUAG